GCCCACAAGUCACCAAAAUGCCUUUUCUUGUGGGAUUAAACAAGUAUGUGUAUACCUUUCUCUUCUUGUUUCAGUGUCUCAAUUUAAAAUGGUGAAUUACUCCUACGAUGAAGAUCUGGAGGAGCUUUGCCCGGUGUGUGGAGAUAAAGUGUCUGGGUACCAUUAUGGGCUCCUCACCUGUGAAAGCUGCAAGGGGUUUUUUAAGCGAACAGUCCAAAAUAACAAAAGGUACACAUGUAUAGAAAACCAGAACUGCCAAAUUGACAAAACACAGAGAAAGCGUUGUCCUUACUGUCGAUUUCAAAAAUGUCUAAGUGUUGGAAUGAAGCUGGAAGCGGUAAGGGCCGACCGAAUGCGUGGAGGAAGGAAUAAGUUUGGACCAAUGUACAAGAGAGACAGGGCCUUGAAGCAACAGAAAAAAGCCCUCAUCCGAGCCAAUGGACUUAAGCUAGAAGCCAUGUCUCAGGUGAUCCAAGCUAUGCCCUCUGACCUGACCAUUUCCUCUGCAAUUCAGAACAUCCAUUCUGCCUCCAAAGGCCUACCUCUGAACCAUGCUGCCUUGCCUCCUACAGACUAUGACAGAAGUCCCUUUGUAACAUCCCCCAUUAGCAUGACAAUGCCCCCUCAUGGCAGCCUGCAAGGUUACCAAACAUAUGGCCACUUUCCUAGCCGGGCCAUCAAGUCUGAGUACCCAGAUCCCUAUACCAGCUCGCCUGAGUCGAUAAUGGGCUAUUCCUAUAUGGAUAGUUACCAAACAAGCUCUCCAGCAAGCAUCCCACAUCUGAUACUGGAACUUUUGAAGUGUGAGCCAGAUGAACCUCAAGUCCAGGCCAAAAUCAUGGCCUAUCUGCAGCAAGAGCAGGCCAACCGAAGCAAGCACGAAAAGCUGAGCACAUUUGGCCUUAUGUGCAAAAUGGCGGAUCAAACCCUCUUCUCCAUUGUUGAGUGGGCAAGGAGUAGUAUCUUCUUCAGAGAACUUAAGGUUGAUGACCAAAUGAAGUUGCUUCAGAACUGCUGGAGUGAGCUCUUAAUCCUCGACCACAUUUACCGACAAGUGGUACAUGGGAAGGAAGGAUCAAUCUUCCUGGUUACUGGGCAACAAGUGGACUAUUCCAUAAUAGCAUCCCAAGCUGGAGCCACUCUCAACAACCUCAUGAGUCAUGCACAGGAUCUAGUAGCAAAACUUCGUUCUCUCCAGUUUGAUCAACGAGAGUUCGUGUGUCUGAAAUUCUUGGUGCUCUUUAGUUUAGGUGCCCCAGCUAGCCCCAAAACACCUGUUUUACCUGUGGUUGAGGAUGAAAUCAUACCAGGACCACCACUGAAAGCUGAGCCCAAGUCCUAA